GAGACCUCGAACUUUCAUUAUUGAAGGAGAACACUUAUCAGCUAUGAAAAUAAUCAUAUGGUGGAUGGAUAACGUUGAGAGCAUAGGCAGACCUUUGAUCAGACUGCUGGCUGGUCAGUCACGUCCAGCGAUUGCUAAAUUCAAAAUUUCAACCAGCCAAUAUGAGGAGCGGAAUUUGACGUGGCAGCCUCAGCGUUAAGUUAGUCUCAUUCUUGUCUCGACACAAUGGUAGGAAAGGCAUCGCUAUCCUGCAUAUUGGCUGCUGUCCUAUUAGUAUCGCCAGCUCUAUCGUCCAAUGUUAAAGGCGUUGCACCAGAAAAGCAAGCUCUAUACCAAGUCAGCGGUAACACUUGGACCUGCCUAGACAAGUCAAAGACAAUCCCUGCAUCAGCCAUCAAUGAUGAUUACUGUGAUUGCCCUGAUGGAUCCGACGAACCAGGAACGUCCGCUUGCCCUAACAGCGUUUUUUACUGCGAAAAUAAGGGUCAUAUACCCUCGUACAUCAAAUCCUACCGUGUCAACGACGGUGUCUGUGAUCCCGAAUGCUGUGAUGGCUCGGACGAGUCAUCAGGAUUGAUUAAAUGUGACAAUAUCUGCAAGGAAGUUGGCAUUCAAUAUCGCAAGCACAAAGCUGAAAUGGAUGCCGUUCUCACUUCCGGGGUUUCCACAAAGAAAGAAUGGAUCGAAUACGGAAAGUCAAAGAUGGCUGAACUGCAAAUCGAAAAGGCGAAGCUGGAGGAGCAGAUUGCCAUUAUGCGUACAGAGUUAGGCGCCUUGGAAAAGAUCGAGGAAGUUGCUCGAGAAAAGGAACAGGCUGCUCGAGAUUCGGCAGCUCCUGUCACCGUCGUUAAAACUGACUCUAAAUGUCCUCCAUGCAAAGUUAGUAGCGAUAGUGCUGCCUUCAAGAUUUCAUCUUUGAGAAACCACAUCAAAACUCUUCAAGAGGAAGUGGACGAACUUUUAACUAUAUUGCACGACAUGAAGCGUGAUCACAACCAAAAUUAUCAUGACAUGGCUGUCAAAACCGCCAUUUCCGGCUACGAUGAGUUUUUGGUAGACUACGAUAUCAUUAAGACAGAGCGACAAGAAGAUGUCGAUGAAGAAAAUAUCGUCGAGCAAGCUGAUGAUGCACAAGAGGAAGAGCAAGAUUUCACCAACGAAGUCGUUGAAGAGGACACUGAUCCCGUUGUGAAAGAGGCAGCACAAGGUAAUGUUGUUUCUCGAAUUACAAGCGCAUUUGUCACCAAAUUGGAGAAGCUGUUACCAGCAAAGGUCAAGGAGGCUUUGCCUUCCAUUCUAUUGAAUGUCGAUGAGGCUGAGCGACUCCAACAAGCCGCUUCAAAAGCUUCUGAUGCUGUCCGAGAAAAGCGAAAUGACAUUGGCACCAAAGAAAAUGACUUGAAUGGAGUGAACGGAAAGCUCAACAAAGAUUAUGGACGAGAUUUAGAAUGGAUGAAGUUAGAGAAUGAAUGUUUUGAGAAGGAUGAGGGAGAAUAUGUCUAUUCUAUCUGCAUCUUUGGCGGUGCACAUCAAAAGUCCAACCGUGAUGGUGCCAACACCAAUCUUGGUUCCUUUGAAGGUUACACUGGCAGCGCAGACAAUAGCUCUCCUGAAUACUACAACAAACAACUUUACAGCCGUGGAACCAAAUGCUGGAAUGGCCCUGAACGAAGUGUGAAGGCUGUUUUCGAGUGUGGAGCUAAGACAGAAAUUCUCGAAGUCACUGAACCUGAAAAAUGCGAGUAUCAGUUCAAGAUGAGAUCUCCUGCCGUUUGCCCGCUUAUUGCUACUAAAGGCGAAGAUGAAACUGAAGCUAGAGUCAUCCACGAAGAGCUAUAGAGUUGAUCAUUUUUUACUCAACGAAAAUGAAACCAAAUAAAAGUACAAAUCAGAAGUAGUUCGAUAUAUUGCGUGGAUGGUGCUGACAGGCAAAGUCGAGA